CCCGCGGCAUCAUCAGAACACGCUUGGGACACGUGGGGCCGCCAUCUUGGACGGCGGCUUCCUGUCUGCGUCCACGCACUGCGGCAGCCGCCAUCUUGGAUUCACCCUCUAAGGGCGCGGCCAUGUUGGAUCCAAUCCCCCGCCAUGACGGCAGCCAUCUUGGACCCACUGCCUCCACAGCGGCAGCCAUCUUGAAUCCACUCCAUCAUGGCGUUGGCCAUCUUGGACUCUCACCCCCACGCUGGCAGCCAUCUUGGACUCAACAUCUACCCCCUCCCUGCAUGGAGGCGGCCAUCUUGGACCCCUCCCCACCAUGGCAGCAGCCAUCUUGGACUCGCACCCCCAUGGCGGCGGCCAUCUUGGACUGUUCCCCCCCAUGGCAGCGGCCAUCUUGGCCCCCUCCCCGCAUGCCCCCCCCGUUCCCAGCAUGCACCGGGGGGUGCGGGGCCACCCCCCCCAUAGAGCCCCAUUGAAUGAAGAGGCUUUUA